CGUUAUCUUAUUUAUGUAUAACAAUUCACUUUCGUGUUAUUGUUUUUUAUUUUUCCUAUUUGAUUAAAUCGUACAAGUUGCCUACUAUUUGUGUAAACAUUAAAGCCGCAAUCGUCAAAGCGUGAAGAUGUCUGGUGAUAUUGUUUUCGCCGUUUUAACUAUAAGUGACACCUGUAGCCAAGAUGCUGCUAAGGAUCGCAGUGGCCCUCGUUUAGUUUCACUUAUACGCGAUGCCUUUCAAAAUGCGCACAUUAUCACAGCAAUAUUGCCGGACGAACGUGAACAAAUUAGCGAUAAACUACGUGAACUCAUUGCACAGCAGACACCAAGCGUAAGUGCAAUUAUUACCACUGGUGGCACUGGCUUUGCGCCACGUGACGUCACACCAGAAGCAACUAAAAUUUUGCUAGACAAAGAGUGUACACAACUAGCACAGUACAUUGCGCAAGCGUCGCUGCAAAAGACACGUUUCGCCGCACUAACAAGAGGUGUAUGUGGUAUAGCCGGUAACACGUUAAUACUUAACUUUCCGGGCAGUGAAAAGGCAGUAACGGAAUGCUUUGAAGUGGUGCAUGAAUUAUUGCCACAUGCGUUACAAUUAAUUGGCAACGAAUUGCCGCUAGUACGACGCGUACACGCCGAAUUGCAGGGCAAUGGCAGUAGUGCGCCAGCAACAGGGCAUGUCUGUCCACAUAAAACUGGUAAAGGUGGCGACGGCGAUAGAAACUCACCUUUUCCAAUGUUACCAGUGGUGCAAGCGCUAGAGUUAAUAUUUCAAACAGUGCAACAACAACGCGCAGUCGCGCAGUUGCUUAAUGAAUUUGUGUCACCCGUAGAUAUACCACCAUUUCGUGCAUCAAUCAAGGAUGGCUAUGCCAUGAAAUCUACAGGUUUCUCUGGCACGAAGAAAGUGCUGGGCUACAUUUCAGCUGGUGAUGAGAUUAUAGUGCAUGACUUAGAGGAGGACGAAUGCUACAAAAUCAACACAGGUGCGCCAGUGCCACACUACACCGAUUGUGUGGUGCAAGUGGAGGACACGAAAUUGCUAAAGCGCAAGAAGACCGGCGAGGAGGAUUUGGUGGAAAUUUUGGUAGAACCAAAAGCGAAUCUAGAUAUACGACCCGUUGGCUCGGAUCUACGUAAAGGCAGCAAACUGUUCCCCUCAGCUGACCACUCAGCUGUUGUCAUCAAGUCCAUACUCUCGUCGGUAGGCAAGAACCUCGGCGGUGUCCGCAAACCGAAAAUUGGUAUAAUCUCCACUGGCAGUGAACUGUUAGCACUCGAACAACCCGAAGAGUUGGGUAAAAUAUACGAUUCAAAUACGACUAUGCUAGCGGAGCUCUUGCUAUAUUUCGGUUUCGAAUGUACACAAAAACUGGUGCUUAGCGAUGACUUCGAGGUCGUCAAAGGCACAAUUGUAGAGUUAUACAAAAAUGUGGACUUCAUCAUUUGCAGCGGUGGCGUUUCCAUGGGCGAUAAGGACUAUAUCAAGCCGGCGUUGCAGAGUUUGGGUUUCACACUCAAUUUCGGACGCGUCAACAUGAAACCAGGCAAACCAAUGACCUUCGCUUCCAAAAAUGGGCAAUACUUCUUCGGGCUGCCCGGCAAUCCGGUUUCCGCAUUCGUCACAUUUCAUUUGUUUGUAUUGCCGGCAAUACGCUGGUUUGCCGGCUGGGAGCGUGAUAAGUGCGAAUUAGCCACGCUACCGAUAACGUUGCAGAACGAUAGCAUAGCGCUCGAUCCACGCCCGGAGUAUGUACGCGCCUCGGUGACUAGCAAGAAUGGACGUUUAUACGCCUCUGUUAAUGGCAGUCAAAUGAGCAGUCGGCUGCAGAGCAUUGUAGGCGCUGAUGUGCUCGUGCACUUGCCCGGACGCACGGAGAGUAAGCCGAACGCUGUGGCGGGCGAUGUGUAUCGCGCUUCAGUUUUGCGCUACGAUUUCAUCUCGAAAUAUGAAUAGCAAUAUGUGCACUACAAGUUCCUACAGAGCAUGAUCUGAUUUUUAUGCAUGACCAUAUUAAAUUGAAUUUAAUAUUUCCAUACGAAAAAAAAAGUUAUGUCUGUAUAUUUCUGUUUUAUAAAAGCAGAAAAGUUUAUAUAAAAGUUAGUAAUUUUGGCAGCCGAUUUUAUUUUUUAGAAACAAAUAAUAAUCAAAUAAAAUAUGCAGCAAAAAUGUAUAA